AUUGCACCGUGAAUUGCGGCGACACCCAUAGGCGCUCCGAUGGCGUCAGCCCUUGUUCCCAGAAUCCACAGCGUCCCAUGUUGCACGCGUCACGGCUCACCUCGCGCUUUAGUCACAUCGCCACAGUCACGCGGGCAUGUUCUCUCAGCGAGCCGCGCACUGGCCGGCAGCACCAUCUGCAAUCACGGCCGUCUCGUCGCGCGCGUCCACGUCAGCCCUUCCGGCCACCAUCAGACCUUGCAGUCCCGCUCCCGGAAUUCGCGGUCCGUCAUUUGCGGCGAGAGCUGGAUAGGUCAGGGAACCGUUGCCAGUGCUGCUACUGCCAGCAUAUCUAGUAAUAAUAAGCACAUCCGCGGUGUAAACUCUCUCACCAGCACCUCAUGCGGCUGGCAAAUAAAGCACGGGGCUUCAAACCGUGCAGACCUGCGUUGCCGUGUCGGAGCAGGAGGCUCGGAAAUUGCCGAGGCAGCGCCGGACCAGCCCGUCAGGUCCGGCAAGUACGAGGAGUGGAACGCGAUGACGGAGCGGCUGACAGCGCUGUCGACUGUAGCGGGGCUGUUUAUGAUGGUGCCGCAGAUCCUCAAGAACGCGAGUCUGCUGCGCGCCAAUCAGGGGGCAUCUCUGGCCAUCCUCUCAUGGCUGGGCUUCGCCACAGGCUUCCUCGGCAACAUGCUGCUGCUCUCCUACUUCACUGCCAAGAAAGAGCUCUCUGCAUGCCUCGUGCAGGUAGUGGGAGCGGGCACAACGGCCAUUCUGCUCGGGCAGGUUUUCAUGGCGGGCUUCAUGCCGCCUCCAGCCUUCACAGCUGUCGCUGCCUACUUCCUCAUCGGCUGCACAGUCAACUGCCUGCGCUUUGUGGGCCACCUGCCCCAGUCGCUGUGGGACACGUGGCAGGACCUGAUUGGCGUUCUGGGCCUCGCUGUGCUGCCGCAGGUCAUCUGGUCCACCUUUUCGUCCAUCCCCACGAAGCUUCCAGGAACCAUCUCAGCCGUGGCAGGGCUACUGUUCAUCGCGGCCAUGAGGCGGGGUAUGGUGGGGCAGCGGUGGCGGGACAGGUGGCAGCUGCUGAGUGGCUGGACGGCCACGCUGCUCUUCAUGGUCAUGCCUGUCGCACAGCUGCAGGUGUGUUUCGCGCGCCCUGACCAGCUGGCAGCCAUGUCGUCGCUCUCCUCCCUCCUCGGCAUCGUUGGCAACGGCCUCAUGGUGCCCCGCGCGCUCUUUACCAGGGACUUCAUAUGGUUCCUGGGCUGUUCCUGGGGCUGCAUUCUCAUGGGGUGGGGAGUGCUACUGGCCAUGUUCAUUCACGGCUUCUACCCGCCAACCCUCUUCCUCGCUGUCUCCGUUGCUCUCGUCGGUUAUCUUGCUGUUGUAUUCAAGUUCGAUGCUGAUGCCCAUGCCUGCACGCCUGUGCUUGGUUCUAUCUCUGGAUUGCUCAAGGGUGCAGCGUGAGCCUUGGAUGGGAAAUCAUGUGCCCUUAUUUUGCAGAAUUACCAUUAUGUUAUUGUAAUUUACUAAAUGGGCAUAACUGGAGGCUGUAUCCAAUAGCUGAUAAAUUGUUGCUUAGGAGCAUGCAGAAAGCGUAUGGCAACAGCAUACCGGUAGCAAGUUUUCGUAAACGCCCGGAUAUAAGACCG